UUGCAAUCCAUAAAUUCACAAUUUCGUCAUUAAUAAUCCACAGUUCGUUCUUGUGGUUAUCAUGAAACAAUUUCCUUAGUUAUUUUGUCCAAAUCUGAAAUCACAGCACCUGUAAUUUCUAUUUCUGUGCUGCAAGACACUUCUAAAUGAAUCCACUACUUUCUUCUGGAUUGCAUCUUUUAAAAUUCCUCUCUUGAAAUAGAUUAGCCCUUCACUCUGCGACCAUGUUAGACUUUGCUUCUUUUGACUUUCUCUUUCUGUGUUUCUUCACACUGUCACUGCUUCAGAUAGAGCCUUGUCCUCUGCUUCUCUUCUCCUUUGUUUACUGGGAAGUUCCUGUCCUCUCCUCUUCUGGCCACUGAAAGGCCUUUUUCCAAACGCAUUGCCAGAAAAGGACGCUGCUGAGAAAGCCACAGUGUCCGACUGAACUGGAUUCAAUGAGGGAGCCAGAUCGGGAGGAGCUGCCUGAAGACAACAUGCCCCCCAAGUUUAAACGACACCUCAAUGAUGAUGAGGUCACAGGAUCCAUUCGCAGCGAGAGGAGGAACCUACUGGAGGAGGACUCUGAUGAGGAGGAAGACUUCUUUCUGAGAGGGCCCACAGGACCCAGAUUUGGACCUCAGAAUGACAAAAUGAAGCAGGUGCAGUCGCAGGUUGACGAGGUCAUCGAUGUGAUGCAGGAGAACAUCUCCAAGGUGAUCGAGAGGGGUGAGCGUCUGGAUGACCUGCAAGACAAGUCGGAGAGCCUAUCAGACAAUGCAUCUGCCUUCAGUAGCCGAGCCAAACAGCUGCACAGGAGGAUGUGGUGGAGAGACAUGAAGAUGAAGAUGAUUAUUGCCUUGGUAGUUGUUGCUCUCCUGCUCAUUAUCAUCAUUCCAGUGAUCCUGCGAUACCGCUAGUGUCUGAUGAAGACAUGGGAGAAUCCUCCUCUUCCUCUUCUCUCUCUCUCUCUCUCUUUCUCUUCCUCUUCCUUUCUUCCCUGCACCCAGUCCUCCACACCCUCUAGGGGGCACCAGUCCGCCUCCCACACCCUCCUCAAUGUCAGCCUGUGUACCAUCAAGCAUCUGGCUUUAACUUGCCCUUAGUACAGAUCUUAUUGUUGGUAAUGCCAUAUAAAUCUGCUUUGAGAUCAGUACUAAGGCUCUUUUCGAUCCCUUGCUUUUAGAAAAGGGAUACAGGAGAACUGGGGAGAUGUUUUGGUGGAGUUUGGGAGAAAAUGCCAACUCUGUGUCCUCUAGUCAAUGUGAAGGAGUGCUCCAUUCCAUGAUACAUAUCAUGUGUAGGGCCCUGUCUUUGCCUCAAAAACAGGGGAAACUCCGGGUUAUCAUAUUACAUAUGGAUUGCAUAUACAUACUGUAAAGACAGGGAAUCUGUGCUAGCUAGCUGGUCUGAAUAAACUGCAGCAGCCUCAUAUAAAGGGACUAAUACUUAGUAACUGGACCUCAGAUGUCUACUCAUGAUUCCUCAUGUGCUGCCUUCUCAACGGCUGAGCCGCUUGUUCAACACGGGAAGGGAACAUCUGAGGGUCAUGUGUGUAGUCAAAGGUCUUUUUUUUUAAUUAUCAGAAGGCUUUCUGACCAUGACGUGAUUUGAUAAAGAGAUUAGUGAGGCUCAAUGCUAUCUGUUGAAGCAACAUCCUGCUUAUUCUACUCUCUAAAUCACCACUUUUUCAUUUUUGCCUGCCUCUUGAUAGCUUGUUAUACUGUACAGCAGGACCGUGUCGAACCAGAACAUCCGGGUUAUGACUGUCUCCUCUCCGCUCUACGCUCCAAACUGCUCACCUUCCUCCUGGGUCGUGCUGAGCUCUGGGCCAGUUUGGUCACGGCUAUCCUACUUUCCUGCUAGUGACAUUAAACUGUCUCUCACUCUGCACAUGGUUCUGUUUGGUUUCGAUAUUGCUAGUUCUUUUUUCUGCUGGCCGCUCAGUGUGGUGCUUGUGUGAAUGCUGGUAUUUCUCGUCGCCACUGAAGGGAUAGUUUAUCUCUCUAUACUGUUACAUUAAGUUCAAGGAAGGACGAUUUAAGUGAGCUGUUAAGAAACGUAGCCGUCAUUGUGUCUAAUUUACUGUACAAUACAUGCAACUCCAUGUUUUAAUUUUAUUAUUUUUUUUAAUGUAAUUUAUUUUAGGUGUAAAUACUGAUUCUGUAAGGAUGUACAAUACUCUGGCAUUGCAUUGGAAGACUGUGAUAUAUUGAUCUGUUUUGCUCUGAAAUAAAGUGAUUUUAAAGAGCA